UGGGGCUUUCGCUUUCAGUCACCAGCCAGAUCGCAGCAGAGGCACUAGAGGUCCAAGCUCAAGGGCGGGAGCCACCGCCGUCCCUAUGGCGCCCGCCACCCUCUGGGUCACUCUGGUCAUCGGACUGCAGCUGUGGGCCACCGGGCACACCGUGCCCGCCCAGGUUACCUUGACACCCUACAAGCCAGAAGCUGGGGACACGUGCCGGGACCCGAAGGAAUACUACAACAAGAAGGUUCAGAUGUGCUGCGCUACGUGUCCACCUGGCCAGCAUGUGAAACACUUCUGCACCCAAACCUCAGACACGGUGUGUGCUGACUGUGAGGAGGGCACGUACACCAAGCUCUGGAACAGGCUUCCCACAUGCCUGAGCUGUGGUUCUCGCUGUGGUGAUGACCAGGUGAAGAUCCGUGCCUGUACAAAACAGCAGAACCGAGUGUGUACCUGCAAAGCUGAUAUGUAUUGUGCCUUGCCAACAAAUGCUGACAGCUGUCGACAGUGCCUAAGGCUGAGCAAGUGUGGCCCUGGCUUCGGAGUGGCCAGUACGAGAUCUGCAAAUGGAAACGUGGUGUGCAAGGCCUGUGCCCCAGGGACAUUCUCUGACACCACAUCAUCCACAGAUACAUGCAAGCCCCACCGCACAUGUAGCAUCCUUGCCGUCCCCGGAAACGCAAGCAGGGAUGCAGUCUGUGCACCUGAGUCCCCAACUCUGAGCACCAUCCCAGAGACAGUCUACAUCUCUCAGCCAGAGCCCACAAGAUCCCAGCCCCUGGAGCCGGAGCCAGAGCACAGCGAAACUCCACCCACCGUCUCUGUCUUUGAGAGCUCGACCCCCAAAAGUGAACACAGCACCAAUGGUGGCAUCUCUCUUCCAGUUGGUCUGAUCGUUGGGGUGACAGCUCUGGGUCUGGUGGCGUUAGGGCUGGUGAACUGCUUCAUCCUGGGGCAGAAGAAAAUGAAGCCCUCCUGCUUACAAAGAGAAGCCAAGGUGCCUCACCUGCCCGAAGAGAAGUCCCGGGGCCAUGGCACAGGCCUAGAGCAGCAGCACCUGUUGACCCCAGCCUCCAGUUCCAGCAGCAGCUUGGAGAGCUCAGCCAGCGCCACGGACAGGAGGGCGCCCCCUAGGAGCCAGCCCAAGGCAGCAGGCACGGAGGAGGCCCGAGGGUCUCAGGAGGCCUGUGCAGGCUCCAGGAUUUCGGAUUCUUCCCACGGCAGCCAUGGGACCCAUGUCAAUGUCACCUGCAUCGUGAAUGUCUGCAGUAGCCCUGACCACAGCUCACAGUGCUCUUCCCAAGCCAGCACCACAGUUGGGGACCCAGAUGCCAACCCCUCAGGAUCUCCGAAGGAUGAGCAGGUUCCCUUCUCCCAGGAGGAGUGUCCUUCUCAGUUCCCGUGGGAGACGCCAGAGGCAUUGCCAAGCCACGAGAAGCCCUUGCCCCUUGGAGUGCCUGAUGUGGGCAUGGAGCCAAAUCAACCAGGCUGGUGUGACCAGGUUGCAGCUAAAAUGGCCUGACCCCCUGCAAGGGCGACACCCUGUAAAAGGACCCCUCAGUUCUUCUAGACCCUCAACCCAUAGGACUUCAUGACUAUUUCUGGGUCCACUUCCCUAAGCAGCCUGCCCAGCCCCACCUGCAGGCCAAGUGAGGGCUGAGGCAGCCAUUGUGGGGGGAAACUUCUGCCGUGGUGUUCUAUGGGGCGGGCAGUCCCAGCAAGUCCUUGCUCUUCUGUGAUCUCUGGAUCUUCUGGGCUCUUGCCUGGCUCUGGCUUCUGAGAGGCCCCGGCAGCUUUCCUUCCCAAGGAGCUAACACCCUCUUCCAUACUCUUGGGUAAAGGAUAGUGCAGCUCUUCAGCCUGAAUGCUGAUACCGCAGGACAGUCCCAGCAGGAAGGAGGAAGUGGUGGCUUCAUAGGGCACAGGGGCCCUUGAGGUUAGUGCUGGACUCCUGGGCAGUACCCCCUCCAAACCCACCUCUGCCCUUUUGAUGCAAGAAUCAGAUGCACUGAUUCCCCGCAGGCAGGGUUUCUCUGCUGUAUGGUGCUGGGGCUGUAACUCUCCGGUGUUAGAGUGUGUUGCUAGCACACCUUAGGUUCGAUCCCCGGCUCCGCAUUGAGAAAUUAAGUACACACAGCAAACAGCUGGUUUGCACCCUCUGCCUUUGACUGUCACUCCAGUGGGCACACAGAAGGCUCCAGCUCCUCCUCCUGGCCUUUUAAGGAGCCCUUCUAAGGCCACACCUUCCUUUCAGGGAAUCUCAGGGACUGUAGAGGUCCCAGGCCCCUGCAGCCACCUGUCUCCUCCUACCUCAGCCUGGACCACUUCCUCUAACUCUGUACCUACUGUGACCCUGAGUGCAUGUCUGUUUUAUGCAUCGUGGGUUGGAACAGCUCAGGACAUCAGUUGAACAGCCCAUCUGGAAGCAGCUGAAGCCUGCUAUUAUGCCAAAGGAUUCGAACCCAUUUUCUAAUCAACACGUUCCCCUAGCAUGCCCAGAUCUGGAAGGAAAUGGUUCAGGAGACUCAAGAGGCAAGUUCAGUCUCAGGUGCUUGGAUCCCAUGUUCACAGAUUCCUUUGGAUAUGAAGUUAGUAGUUAAACUAUUGGAAGUCUGUUACCAUGGAGACUCAAAAAGCUCAGCGCUCUGGAAUCAAGACUUACUUAGGACCUAUCUGUUAGGUCUCUGCAGUGCGCCAGACCGGAGAGGCUAUGGAACACGUCUGCACCCUGGUGGCCUGUCCUGGGAUAACCUCUGACAUCCUAAGCAACAAAAGCCUGAACUGAACACUCUGGGUGUUGCCUCAGUCCCCGUGCUUGUGUGGAUCCCAACAGGAUGUGCUAAGGAGCAUUUGCCCUUUAUGCUGGACAGAAUUGAUUCCUGCUUAUAAAUGCUUUUUGUUGCUGUUUUGCACUGA